UGCCACCUGUCAGUGCCCAUCAUUGCCAGCUGUCAGUGCUCAUUAAUGCUACCUGCCAGUGCCAAUCAGUGCCUCAUCAAUGCCACAUAUCAGUGCCUACCAGUGCACAUCAAUGCCACAUAUCAGUGCCCAUCUGAGCUGCCUUUCAGUGUCACCUAUCAGUGCCAGUCAGUGCCACCUAUCAAUGCCAGUCAUCAGUGCUGACUAUCAGUGUGCAUCAGUGCCGCCUAUCAGUGCCCAUCAGUGCUGUCUAUCAGUGCCGCCUAUCAUUGCCAGCCAGUGCCACCUAUCAGUGCCAGUCAGUGCCGCCUAUCAGUGCCACCUAUCAAUGCCGCUUAUC